UAUGUUAACUUCCGGUAUUACCUCAAGGUUAUGGUGUUGUUUUAAGAGUCCUACAUGAGUGAGUAUUUGUUAAAAUAAACGAAUAACGACCACAGUUACUUUACUAAAAUGGAUAUACUAAAAGCAGAGAUUGCAAGGAAAAGGAAACUCAUCGAAGAUAAACAGCUUGUUGACGACUCCAAAAGAUUCUUCAAAAGGGCUGAUCUUGCACACAAGGAACAAGAAGAGUACUUCAGAAAAUGUGGAUAUAAGAUUCAGAGAGAGACUCCUGAGAGCCAGGUUGAUAAGAAGGACGAAAAUGAGCCGUCCACCUCAGGUAAUCCAGUGUUGGAACUGGAACUAACAGAAGAGAAGCUGCCAAUGACACUGUCACGACAGGAAGUAAUUCGGCGGCUUAGAGAACGAGGGGAACCAAUCCGACUGUUUGGAGAGUCCGACUAUGAUGCCUUCCAGAGACUCAGGAAGAUUGAGAUACUGACUCCAGAAGUAAACAAGGGCUUGAGGAAUGACCUGAAAGCAGCCAUGGACAAGAUUGACCAGCAGUACCUGAAUGAGAUUGUUGGAGGAACAGAGCCAGGAGAAGUGGACACACAGCAUGACCUGAAAGUGCAUGAAGAAAACACCACUAUAGAAGAACUGGAGAUACUUGGCAAAACCCUGGGCACAGGAGAUGAUUAUGGAGACCAGGAUGUUAUCGACAAGUUUCUGAGGUUUCUUCUUGGUGUUUGGGCCAAAGAUCUGAACAGCCGAGAGGACCACGUGAAGCGAAGUGUUCAGGGCAAGUUGGCCAGUGCAACACACUCACAGACGGAGUCUUACCUCAAACCUCUCUUCAGGAAGCUCAGGAAGAAGAGUUUACCAGCUGACAUCAAAGAGUCAAUCACAGACAUCAUUAAAUUCAUGUUGGAGAGAGAAUAUGUCAAGGCAAAUGAUGCCUAUCUGCAGAUGGCCAUUGGUAAUGCUCCCUGGCCUAUUGGUGUAACAAUGGUGGGUAUCCAUGCCCGUACUGGCCGAGAAAAGAUCUUCUCCAAGCAUGUGGCCCACGUUCUCAACGAUGAGACACAGAGGAAAUACAUCCAGGGACUGAAGAGACUAAUGACUAUGUGCCAGAAACACUUCCCCACUGAUCCAUCAAAGUGUGUGGAGUACAAUGCUCUUUAACUUUAGUGUAACUUCUGUCAAGGCUGUGACAUCCAUUGUAUCACAACCUAAAAUGGGAAUCUUUUCACAGCGGCUCAGUAAUGGGUUCUGGCAUGAGAGAAGAGUGGUUGUGGCAUUCAUUUCUCAAAAUCUUUUAUGUCAAGGGCCUUCACGUACAUGUGAAUUUGCAGAUUUUAUGUAAGACCUGUUGGAUAAAGUCAGAAUUGUGCUAACUUACAAGUCUAUUAAACAUUCACAUCACAUUUAGCUCGAGAAGACUAUCGAUUAGACUAGUCUUUGUGAACUACUGGGAAAACCAAUGCGCCUGUCGUGCUGUUAAUAGUCACAAGUCUUCAGUCCUGCUUGACAACAUGUUUGUUUAUGGAUGCUCUGAAGAGUCCAAACCAGGAAAUACUUGCAGGAAAUAUUGGAAAUAACUUUGUUCUCUUGUUCAGUUAAUAUUGAAUUACAUUUGUUUUUUAAAGAUUAAUUUUUGUGAUGUGGCAAGCAAAGUGUCCUUUGCCAAGGAAGAUCCAGUAGUGUAAGUUUUAUUACACCUGAGAUAUUACAUUUCUCAACUCUUUAGUGACAUGCUUAAAUCAGUGCAGAUUCACUUCUAUUUACAUGUUUGAGUUUUCAUAUUUUCAGCAGAUAAUUAAACCACUCAGUGUGUUUCUGUAGCAUCUUAAAUAAAGUGUUGUUUUAUUAUACCAGCUAUUGGGAUUGUUUUUCUGUGCAGUGAAAAGUAAAUUUUGCUUCUUCGAGAUAAAUUUAGUUCUGUUAUUCAGCAGGACUACUGAAUGGAACUAUUUUUAGCAACCAUUUUGUCAUUAGAAAAUGCAGAGAAACAAUUUCUAAUAAAGGACUCUCCUCUGUAAA